UUCGUGAAGAACCUUCCCCAGGAUGCUACGAGAGAGCAGCUGGAUUUAGUUUUUCCGAAGUCGGAAAAGUUCGACAUUGUUUCGUGGUCAAGAAGCGUCAACAGUUCAAGGGGAUAGGUUUUGUGACUUUCACCAACGAUGAGGACGUCAAUGCAGCCCUCAGCAGAAGCUUCAAGCUGGGAAGCAAUCAACUCAAUGUCACACUGGCCGAAGAUAGGAAAAAGAAUGAUCCAUUCGCUUCGCAGAAAGACAAGAUUAAGGUGAGCUUCACGAAAGAAGCGAAAGCAGCCAGGAAGAAACAGAAAUCCCGGCUCAUCGUGCGCAACCUGUCUUUCAAAGCAACGGAGGAAGACUUGAUGAAAUCCUUCGGGAAAUUCGGCGAAAUCCAGAGCGUCAACAUUCCGAAGAAGCCCGACGGGAAAAUGCGAGGCUUCGCUUUCGUGCAAUUCAAUAGCACGCCCCAUGCUAUGAAGGCGGUCAAAGAGAUGAACAUGAAAGACAUCAAGGGCCGAACUGUGGCUGUCGACUUCACCGUCGCUAAGGGGAAAUUCGAAGAUGUCCGGAGACAGGAAAAACCCGUGCCGAAUGCAAAGAAAAACAGCAGGUCACAUGGAGGAAUCGAAGGCAGUGUUUCGGGGGAAGACGAGGAUGACGACGAGGAGAGCGACGAGGGUGAUGAUGUAGAAGAGUCUGGGGACGACCAGGAGGAACAACCGCAGCGGAAAAAUGACCGGAAGCGGAAAAAGCCUAAAAAUGGAAAAUCUUCAGAGCAACGGGGAGGCAAAGACAACAGUGAUGAUUCGGAUGGUAGCUCCUCGAGUGAGGACGACACGGGGAGUGACUCGAGCGACGAUGAUGAAUUCGAGAAGAAACACCUUCAGAAGAGACUGAAGAAGUCGGCAGGCCAAGCCAAGAAUCUGCGUGAGGAUCCUGAUGAGAAGAGUGAUUCCGAAAUCGAAUUCGGAAGCGACGGCGAAGUUCGUCUCGUCCGGAGAGAUCAGGUCAAAGACAAGAAGAGGAUCCUCGGAAAAAAAUCCAGCGCUCCUCAAAAGGAACAGACCCAGGAGGAGAGCGAAAGCGACAGCUCGGGAGACGAGGAAGCCAUGGAGGUUGACGGAAGCGACGAUGACGAUCAAGCUAGCGGUGGUGAAGACAAUGGGGAUCUCUUAGACGAUCAAGAUACUGCGGAGACUGCACCCAAGAAGAAGGUGAAGGGGAAAUCUGACGCUGGAAAUAAGGAAUCCGGAGCGGACUCAGAUUCCGACUGGGGUCAUACCCCGAGCGAGGGGAGCUCCGAUGAAGAAGGCACCAAAGACAAGGACGGUGAUGCCGAAGCGGCAAAAAGGCGAGCGGAGAUGAUCAAGAAAGAAGAUCUCAACCGAACGGUGUUCCUGUCCAACAUUUCUUUCGAGACCACACAGAAAACGCUCCAAGAACACAUGAAGAAGUUCGGUCCGUAUAAGUUCUGCCUGCUCUGCAUGGACAGGAUUCUCAACCGAUCGAAAGGGACCGCUUUCGUGAAGUUUGAGGAGAGAGCCGACGCAGAGAAGUGCAUCGCCAGCUUGCGGGCUGGUGAACUGACGCUCGACGGCAAGGUACUAUCGGCCUCGAGUGCCAUGAAACGUGAUCAGUUGCAGCAGGAAAUCAGCAAGAAAACAGAAACGAAGAAACAGCCGAAAGACAACCGCAAUCUGUAUCUCGCGAGGGAAGGUUUCAUUCGCGGAGGAACUGCGGUAGCCGCAGAUUGUUCGGAACACGACAUCAGAGUCCGAGCGAAACUAGAGGCCAAUAAGAAGAAAUCGCUGAAGAAUCUGCAUAAUUUCGUAUCGCCGACGCGGCUCUGCAUUCACAAUCUCCCUCCGACUUGUGACGAUAGGCAAUUGCGGAGAAUUUUCGCGGCUGCCGUCGACCGAUCCGCUAAGAUCACCGAAGCCCGAGUGAUGCUCAACAUGAAACGAUUGGGGCCGGACGGGAAAGGAACGUCCAAAGGUUUCGGUUUCGUCAAUUUUUCGAAACACGAAGACGCUCUCAAAGCCCUCCGGCACGUCAAUAACAACCCGGAGAUAUUCACCGACAUGAUGAGACCGAUCGUGUCGUUUUCAAUUGAGAAUAAAGCUGCUCUGAUGGUCAAGGAACGGCGACUGCAACAUUCGAGAGAAAAACUCAAAGAGCUCCACCAAAUGAAGAGUGAUCCGGUCAAGUCGACAGAACAGCGGAAUGUUGACUAUGGGAAGGGCGAACGCCUGUCCUUCGAAGGUCUCCGAGCCCAGGCGGACAUGAAAACUUUGCCGCGUCGAGUCGGUGAGAAAGUUAGGGCUGAUCCGAGCAGACGGAACCAUCUGAUGCGGUUGAAGCGUCUGGCGAAAAAAGCCAAGAAACAACCAGAAUUCAAGAAGAAGAAGGAAAAGAGAGUUCGGGCCCCAACGAAAGCCCAGCUCAAGGAAAAACGACAAGAUAAACAGCUCAGUGACUUGAUAAACAAGAGGCGUAAUAGGCUGCAAAAGAACUCUGAAUAA